AUGACGCUCAGCAGAAACCCACAGGAACGGCCGUGGGCGGCGCCCAGCGAGCUGGCCCGCAGCCGCUGCGCGCUCUUCAGCGGGCCGCUGGUGCAGGCCGUGGGCGCCCUGGUGGGCUUCGCCACCGAGCCGCAGUUCCUGGGUCGCGCGGCCGCCGUGAGCGCCGAGGGCAAGGCGGUGCAGACCGCCAUCCUGGGCGGCGCCAUGAGCGUGGUGUCGGCCUGCGUGCUCCUGACCCAGUGCCUCAGGGAUCUGGCGCAGCACCCGGACGGGGGCGCCAAGAUGUCGGACCACAGGGAGAGGCUGAGGAACUCGGCCUGCGCCGUGUCUGAAGGCUGCACCCUGCUAUCUCAGGCUUUACGGGAGAGGUCUUCGCCCAGGACUUUACCGCCAGUGAAUUCCAAUUCUGUGAAUUAGCGCCCCGCCCCACACUAGAGGAAGAUACUUACUUUCCGCCCUUCUCCAUUUAUACCAAAGAAAUCCCAGGGGAAGCCCCCCCCCCAUGGCAGUCGCGCGCUCGAGAGAGGAACCUUCCAGAAAACUGCCGCCCCCC